UCUUCUUCUUCUUGUUCUUGUUCUUGCACCUCCCGCCAAAACCAACACUUUUCGAUUGGGUUUUUUCUCAAACACUCUGUUUGCAUAUGAUGACUUUCCUACGCGAUUACGACAGGCUUCAAUCCUUCGCCGUCAUCCUCAUCUACAUUCAGAUAGGGUGCACGUUGAUUGGAUCUCUGGGAGCAUUGUACAACGGGGUUUUGCUGAUUAAUCUGGGGAUAGCGUUGUUCGCAUUGGUGGCCAUAGAGAGUCGCAAUCAGAAACUUUCGCGUACCUAUGCUGUUCUCCUCUGCUGUGCUCUCCCUCUGGAUGUUUCUUGGUUCAUCCUAUUCACUCACGAUAUUUGGAACAUUUCUUCUGAGGAUUAUGGGAUAUUCGUUAUCUUAUCAUUAAAACUCGCUCUGGCAAUGCAAAUCAUUGGGUUUACUGUAAGGUUGUCGUCCUCAUUGUUAUGGAUUCAGAUUUACAGACUGGGGGUUUCAUAUGUAGACACUACAGGUUAUAGAGAAGCAGAUUAUGAUUUAAGAAAUAGUUUUCUGAGUCCUGCAACUCCUGCUGUAGUUAGACAACCCUCAAAUUCUGAUUACAUUUUGGGAGGCUCUAUCUCUGAUCCUGCUUAUUACUCGUCCCUCUUUGAAGGUCAAGAAAAUAGAUGUUCACAUGGGAGUUGGGCUAAGUUUGAACCUUCAAAAACAACUGUUAAAAGGAUUCCUUUGCAAGAACACCACAAUGCAAGCAUGGAUGGGUCAUCCUUUCGAGUGGAUCAGCAGCAUUUUAACCCUCACAUGCUGGAUGUUUCAGCAACUGAGCGCCCACUGGUUCACACAACCCCUUCAACCUAUUCAUCUCAAGACAAAGGUGAGCCAAACAAAGCAUUCAGGAUACAUCUACAAAACGAACCUCUAAGAACCCAAUUCAAUUCACACAGGAGAAUGAGCUUCCAGCACCAUCAAGUAGUAAAGAAACUACGCUUACUUCCACAAUUGGAACUACUAAGGAUAAGGCUUCAACUACAAAAGGUUCACUUUUUGAAUCUGGAGAAAAUAAUGACAUUCCAUUCUCUUCCACAUUUGAUGUUUCUGCAGUGCCCACCCUGAGUGGAAAAUUUCAGUUUAACGUUCCUGCUAGUACAAGUGAGCCUGGUGAAAAUGUGCUAGUUUCUUCUACAUCUUUGGUACUUUCAGCUCCAUCAUC